AUGUCUUUAACGCACUGCACCGGAGCGAACUACUUCAAAACCGGCGAAGACCCGAAACUUUUACCGGACGAGGAAUAUCCGGACUGGUUGUGGGAGCUAGCGAAGCCGCAGUUGAAAAUAUCGGAUUACGAGAAACGAAAAGAAGAGUAUUGCAGCGAGCACGGAGAAAAUUCGGAUUGGGGAGACGCUUUUACUUGGGAAGAAAUGAGGAAGUGGAGGAAAUUGGUGAGAAGAGCGAAGAUUAAGAAAGAUAACGCGUUGAGAGCAAGAAAGUAA